AUGCCAUUUACCCCCCCUUGCCCCAUGCUCUUUGAGUCUUUCCCCUUCCCGUUCAGUUGGAGUCGCCCCCUGCAAGCACGUGUUAUUCGUCUGUUGGGGAGAGAAAUGGGUUCCAUCCAAAUUCGUAUUGCUACUUCCAAAGCAGCAAAGGAAGGAAGCAAGCAGGCAAUUGAUCAAUGCAGAGCGAGAUCGAUAUUAUUCCCACCCCGUCAGGUCAAGAUACAGCGUAGCGCCAAACUCAACUCGCGUCCUCACUCUGCCACUCUCCACUACUACACCCUCCCCAAAAACUCAAUCUUUUUUAACCCUCCCACUUCUGCGCAGCAGCACUCAAAUAUCAUUCCGGCAACGCCCCUCCACCUUCCCUCUCUUCCUUCUUUUCCCCCUCCCCCCUUGUCCCCCGAUCCGCCCAUCUUCAACCAACAACGGGCAACGGCGACAAAAAGCGACCACAGCGACAACGACAGCUCUUUUCUUCCUCUCCCUUCAUCCUCCGCGACCAAACGACAUUUGCCCAUCAUGGCGUGGUCCAAGUCGACGCGGAUCAGCAUCAUGCUGGCCAUCGAUGUCGUCUUCUUUCUCGUCGAGUUGAUUGUUGGCUUGGUCGUCAAGUCGCUGGCCCUGACUGCCGAUGCCUUCCACAUGCUCAACGACAUCAUUUCUCUCUGUGUCGGACUCUGGGCCGUCGCCGUCGCAAGAAAGGCUACUACCGACAAGUACUCCUACGGUUGGUUGCGAGCCGAGAUUCUCGGCGCCUUCUUCAAUGCCGUCUUCCUCAUCGCUCUCUGCGUCUCUAUUAUUCUCGAGGCCAUUACCCGAUUCUUUGACCCUCCCGAAAUCGAAAACCCCGUCCUUAUUCUCGUUGUUGGUGCAUUCGGCCUUGCCUCCAACCUCGUCGGCUUCUUUGUCCUCGGCGGCCAUGGCCACUCCCACGGCGGCGGCCACGAUCACGAUCACGGCGACGGCGAGCACGACCACGGACACGAUCACCCCCACUCUGCAGAACACGCUGCCGAGGAAGGCCGCGCCCACGUCUCGCACGCUACCGACAACGAUGGUGGCAACGUUGGCGAUGUUCUUCCUGAAGCCAUCGUCGCUAGAGCCUCCGCCGGUGCCAACCCUGAGACGCCCCGUCGCAUUCGCUUCGAUGGGGAGUCCGACCCGUCGGGCCGAGCCCAAAGCCGCACAUCGGCCACCUCCAAGAGCCAGAACCGAAGAAACAGCUCGCGAAACCACUCGCGUCUCACUAGCAUUGAAGACAUUAGCAUCUAUCCUUCGAGCUUCCGCCAGGAAAUUAUUGACGCCAGCCGUUCUCAGCGUGACGGACAGGAAUCGACCACGAGCGAGAGCGAGGUCGAGGAGACCGUCAGCGAGGAUGGCGAGCCUGAUGAGCAGUCGCCUCUGCUCAAGUCUAAGGGCAACGACCACUCCUACAUGAUCGAGAACUCCCGUGGCCGAUCCUCCCACAAGCAUUCGAGACGCGAGUCCAGCCUUCACAUCGACCACAACCACAACAAGGAGCGCAAGAAGGCCUCUGGCGGCCACGGCCACGACCACGGCGAUAUGGGAAUGAACGCCAUGGUUCUUCAUGUCAUUGGUGAUGCUCUUGGUAACGUCGGUGUGAUUGUCACCGCUCUUAUCAUCUGGCUGACCGAUUGGCCUGGCCGUUUCUAUGCCGAUCCCGCUGUCUCUCUGUUCAUUACUCUCAUUAUCCUCAAGUCCGCCAUCCCCCUCACGAAGGCGACCUCCAAGGUCCUUCUCCAGGCUACCCCCGACAACAUCGACCUUCAAGAGAUCCGCGAGGACAUUGAGAAGUUGGAAGGUGUCAUCAGCUGCCACCACGUUCACGUCUGGCAACUCUCCGAUACCAAGAUUGUUGCCUCUCUUCACGUCCAUGUCAACUUCCCAAUCUCCGCCGAGAACGGCGAGAAGUACAUGAAGCUUGCAAAGUCGGCCCGCAGAUGUCUCCACGGCUUCGGCAUUCACGCGGCCACCAUCCAACCCGAAUUUUGCGGUGAUGACGAGCACCACAAUGUCACUGAGCCUGAGCGCAUUACUCAAUACGAUGGCACUGCCAUUGCUGGCUCGCCAAAGCAGACUUGUCUGUUACAGUGCGUAGACAACUGCGAAGCAGGUGGCUGUUGUACCGAAUCUACAGCUGCUGGAAGUGUGCGCAGCCAGUCUACCCAUAGCCAUGACGGCCACGACCAUGACCACGGCAACGGGUCCAUGGGGGUUCUCAUUUUUCUUCAUCGCAAGGGCGAGGCUUUUUGCUUUCUUAUCCUGCUACUUGGAACUACCAAAAAGACUGGCGUUUAUGGGACUGGGGCAAGACAGAGAAGCAACUUGGUUACGGCUUACAUAGGUGGGCCGCCCACGUUGCCUCCCCUUUCCAUCCUUCGUUUCCUUUUUCAGUUAUUUUCGGAGCGGUUGUGUCUUCCUUUUGUAGAAUAUCCCAUUAGCUCUAAUAUCAUCAAAGACGGCGCGAUCCAGUCAGGAUGUAGGGCGUGUACAACCAGCGAAGUCAAACAAGAAAUACAAAUUUCACACUUUUGGUCGAUAAUGCACCGGUUUUGCCGGAUAUCACAGUAUGACGGCGACAUUCUGACGAUAUACGACUGUCGGAAUUUGGCUCUGAUUUAUGCUCUGUCGCUAGGAUACCUACAAUUUCAACUGGCCAUUUCGGAACUAGCCCACCACUCGCGGCGCAACCCCCACUAUGCCCGUUUUCUGUCAUGA